AUGGUCUCCUUCUCCUGUGAGGCAUGCGGAGAUGUCUUGACGAAGAAGAAACUCGAUCAACAUCGGAACCAAUGCAGAGGAGCGUCCUUCACCUGCCUCGAUUGUAUGGUGCACUUUCACGGGACGGAGUAUCGAUCGCACACUUCCUGCAUCACAGAAGACCAGAAGUAUCAAGGCGCUCUGUACAAGCAGAAACCAUCCAAGGCAAACAAACGAAAGUCUGUCUCCAUCGCCGAACCUCAGAACAAUCAUGCCCUUGCUCCACGUGCAGCAUACGUCGAAGACGCUCCUGACAUCGAUAUUCCUCCACCUGCACCGAGUCCUCCGCCAGCAGUACCUGCGGAGCCUGUGCAGGGAGUCAAUGUUUUUGACUUUUUGGUGGCUGAGAACACCCCAAAUGCAUCUCGAGUCUCAUUAGGAGGUUCACAUGAACAAAUGUCAAUGAAAAGGGGCGCACAGUCCAUCUUUUCCGACAGCCUCAACGACAAGCCAAUUGCCACAGCAGAUCAAAACACUGGGGAGGAGCAGGCCUACAAAGCGGAGUAUGAAGAGCAGGGUUUUACUUACGGCACUGAACCCAUCAGACCCGCUCAAUAUGCCAAUCCUAAUGACAGCCUCGCUUCACUGGAUUUUAUGACACCUGCCGCAAAAGCUUCUCGAGCGCUAAUCGAGUCUAACGAGCCCGCAGCACCUAGCCUCGCGAACAGCGGCGUAACCAGCGACAAGAAGAGAAAGAGAGGAUCCCCAGAAGCCCUCGAUCUGUCAACCAUAAACACCAAGGGAGCCCGUCGUCGCCAACAUCAAGACGAUACCCCUAUGGCAGAUGCCCCGCCAAGCUCCGCUGACACACCGUCUCUUGCUCACUCAGGGCUUACUGGAGGCCUUAAUCGUCUUCUUUCAGAGACCCAAGACCCGUUCCCACCCACACCAGACUACUCAGAUGAAAAGGAGUAUGCGCGUGAGAUGGAUCGAAAAUCCCACCACACCCGUGUUGAACAUCCGGCUAGUCCACUAAAACGAUCACGACGCUCAAAGGACGACAGCUCCACUCCGUCAGGACCCGGUUUCUCUAUCAAAGGCCGAGCCGGCCGUAUCAUGUCCAUGGUCGGCGGUGCUUCAAACGGUGGGGCCCUUUCCGUCCUCAACCCAGGCGGCCUACAAAAUAAAGAGACCGCCCUCGUAAAAGUUAGACGGCGCACCAGUUCCUCCGAGGAAGGCCACCAUGGCAGUAGAGAAGGCCGAAGAUUUGAACGAAAGAAACACAAGGUCCAAAGACCAGUCUCUUCCAUCUUUUCAGCAACAGCCCGACAUGAUUCCCCUUCAGUCCGCAGUCAGACCCACAACGAAAAGCUGUCCAGCAACGCAAGCACCACCAGCCGCAGAAGACGAAGCAGCAACGAAAGCCCCGAGGCCAGGAAAAGAAAAGUCAAAACCAUCGAAUAUCACACCACUAAAGACGCCCACCGCGCAGCAUCUCUUGACUACUCCGACUCAGAUGACGACCACAAUUCCAACUCCACCACCAAACCACCCACCACCCGACCCCGUGGUGGCGGCACUAACAGCACCUCCGGAGCAGGAGCGGGAGGAGGAGCAGAAAUGGUCGUAUUUGGAGAAGAACAACGUCUCAAGUUACGAGCGGAAUCCUUCUUGUCAUAUGUGACCAAGGGUCCUGAUAGCGAGAAGGGGUGUAGCAUCAAUAAGGCGUUGAAGAGGUGGCAUCGGGAUGGAGCGGGAACGGGGGUUGAAUAUACCGGGAGUAAGGAGGAUGAACAGAAAGAGCUUUGGAGGGGUUUGAGGUUGAGGAAGAAUGAGAGGGGGGAGGUUGUGGUUUUCUUCUAG